ACUUUUGAACCUCGCAGCGGGUUGCUUUCUCUCGGCUUGGCUCUCUUUUGGAGUCGGUGGAUGGAUGCUGCUCUGUUCUUGGAGAUUAGGGAGAAGAUGAAGAGCGGAUUGCUGAUUAUUCGUGAAUUAAAUCCAGAAAGCUGGCCUAUGGAUAUUACUCUGAUGCCUUCUUUAAUAGAGCUAAAAAGUGAUAAAGCUUGCAGAGCUUUCGGGCUUCCGCCAGAGGUCAGGAUUGUGCCUUCUUCCUGUCGAGGACUGCAAUAUCUGCCUGGGGAAGGCUUACAUAUGAGGCUGCUUGUUCAAGCAGAUUUCAGUACAAAAUUGACACCAGCUGUUGGAAAUGGCCUAAAAUCCAAAAAGAGUUGUACUUUUUUCUGCCAAUGUUGCGGGGAGAGUGUAAUUAAUAAUAGGACAUUUCUCCGCGUUCUUUCACUUCCUUUUGAGAACUGGAGUGAUUUGGUUGAUGAAUGGUGUUGCCAUCCUAAUCCUUUCAACGAUAGCCUGCUUCAUCCCCAAAACGAUGACUGUUUUCUUGGGCACAAUUACCUCCUGAUUAAUUCAGGAACUGAGUUACCAGGAACAGAAUCCGGAAGGCUUCAUUCAGAGGAUGAGCGGACUACAAGUAGUGAGUCUCUCUCGUUGUAUUUUCAUUGUACAUUAAUUCAUAUGAUACGAAGAUUUCAUUUUUUCCUCAUAGGUGUCAUAAAAUACUAUUUCACAGAAUUGCUUGUUCAGCCGUCUGAAGACAGCUUUUACAUAAUACCAAGGUCUUCCUUUAUACAGACUGUUAUAGCCCGGUGCUUCAUGGAACUCACAUCUUCUAGAAGCACAUUUAGGUUCAGCAUCCAAGGGAUGGAUCACACAAUCUAUAUCUUGAUCUGGGUGUUGAAUUGUGACACACUGAUGGUGGAAACGUCGGGAAACCCAGCUUCCAAUAACGUUUUUGCAUUAUUUGAAUCUGAGCUGUCAUCUCCUUCGAAGCCCGCUGAGAUUCAUAAGGCUGUUAAAGUUCUUUACCAUCCUUGUACUGAGAACAGAAAUAAGGAUCUUGUUGAUGCAUGGAGAGAAGAUAUUGGAGUCUCUUCUCUCACAUUUCCGUCAAAAACCUGUUUGGAACUUCUAUUGAUACUGUCUCAGAGUAAUGCUUCGUUGCCUCCUUCUCUUCGCUGGAUGAAUUCUUUCCAGGUUGCAUUUCUGAAAAUGUAGCAGGACCUGUCAAGAAUUGUGGAAUAUAAGGCCUCAAGUGAAGAUUAUCUUUCUCAAAGUGGUACCAACGAUCCUGAAUCAAAAACUGGAUAUUUCAGCCUUUUGUUGACUUUGGAGUCUUCUGAUGUUCAGAAAAUUUGACAGAGGCAAGUUGUUCAAGCAUAGUU